AUGUCGGCAACGACAACGACGAGCGCAGCCCCUCCCGCCCCCGCGGCCACCGUCGCGGCCUCCGCGAACGCAAACGGUAACACCACCAAGCGCGUCGCGGUCAUCACUGGUGCCGGCCAGGGGAUCGGCGCGGGCAUCGCCGUGCGCCUCGCCAAGGACGGGCUCGACCUCGUCCUCUCCGACCUGCCCAGCAACCGCGAGAACCUCGACAAGGUCGCCGAGGAGUGCCGCGCCAACGGCGCCAAGGUUGUCGUCAAGGACUGCGACGUCGCGGACGAGGCGCAGGUCAAGGCCCUUGUUGAGGCCACAAAGGAGCUGGGCGGUAUCGAUGGUGAGUCACCCCUCUCCUGCUCGAUGGUCGGCUCCGCAGAGUCUCCGCUCCGCGAUGGCGGCGAACGCACGGCCAUCAGCCCUGUACCCUGCAGCAGCGACUCACCUCCUUCCUCUUCUGUCGUCUCGGGUUUCCCGGCGACCACUGGACCGGGCCAGCCAGCUACCUGA